AUGGCCGACCCAGAGAUCCUCUCUCGGGCUGGCUACACCAGAUUGGCCGUGAUCAUGGGUGUCUUUUCGAUUUUGGGGAUCAUUCUCAACAUCCUGGUGAUUGUGGUGACAGUGAGACACAAACAGCUGAGGCAGCCACUCAGCUAUGCUCUAGUCAGCCUGGCUGUAUGUGACCUGGGCUGUGCUGUGUUUGGAGGGCUGCCCACCACAGUGACCACCGCCAUGGGAUACUUCAGCCUUGGACGAAUGGGAUGCAUUUUAGAAGGCUUUGCUGUGGCCUUUUUUGGUAUAGCAAGUCUGUGUACGAUAGGAGUCAUUUCUGUGGAGCGCUACAUAGUGGUGUGCUAUCCUAUGGGUGCUGCCCUCUUCCAAACCAGGCAUGCAAUUGCUGGCGUGGUGCUGUCUUGGGUAUGGUCCUUUGUAUGGAACACUCCACCCUUGUUUGGUUGGGGGAGUUUUGAGCUGGAGGGCAUCAAAACCUCCUGCGCCCCUAACUGGUACAGUCGGGAUGCCGGCAACAUGUCAUAUAUGAUCAUUUACUUUUCACUCUGCUUUGCUGUGCCCUUUUCCAUCAUUAUGGUGUCAUACCUGCGGCUCCUCUGGACCCUUCGGCAGGUGACCAAGCUGCAGGUGUCUGAGACUAGCAGCACACACCGUAUGGAAGUGCAAGUGGCCCGUAUGGUUGUCAUCAUGGUGCUGGCCUUUCUGGUGACCUGGCUGCCGUAUGCCAGCAUGGCCCUGGCAGUCAUGAUAGAUUCCACGCUAAAAAUUGAUCCUCUAAUUGCAACUAUACCAGUCUACUUUGCAAAAAGCAGCAUUGUUUACAACCCCAUCAUUUACGUUUUCAUGAACCGACAGUUCCGAAUAUAUGCUGUUCCAACGAUCCUGUGUGGAUGGAACCCCUGGGCCUCAGAAGCAGAGACAUCUGAGGUCGAGACAACAGUUGCUUGUGCUCACAAUAACCAAAUGGAUCUCUGAAAUUAAUUAUACACUCACCAGACGUAACAUUUGGUAUACGUUCAAUUUUCACUCUAAAAGAGGAGUAAUAUUACAAGUGUUUAUUGUUGGGGUGGCACGGUGGGUAACUGCUUAGCACAUCGGCCUCACAGUGC